CUCCCCUCAUGUAUCCAUAUCGGAUUCCUCAUCAGAUUCCACAUCCAUCCUUGUGCCCCUCGGUAAGAGGAAGUCUUGCGUGGCGUGUGACGGGUUGCUGAACAGCUUCUCUGUCACUGGUGUGUGCUUGCCUGCAGGCAGGUUCUUGGUGAGCACAUCUGCCACGUUCUCAGCGGAUGGGAUCCAACCAACCUCCACCUCGCCCGCCUCGACCUUCUCGCGCACCAGGUGAUACCUGACACGGAUGGCCUUGGUCCUAUCAGACAUCUCUGCGUUGUAGGAGACUGAUUGUGCUCCUCUGUUGUCCACCAGGAUUGUCGUUCUCUCCGACUUGGUGCCGAAUGCCUGUAAGAGCUGCUGGAUGUGAACAAUCUCACGCGCACACUCGCUGGCUUCGAUGUACUCAGCUUCAGUGGUGCUCGCCGCGACGAUUGGCUGGUUCUUGCACCGCCAGAUGACGGGAUUGCCGCACAGGUAGAUCACGUAGCCUCCCGUGCUCCUGCCAUUCUCCAGGUCAGCAUGGCUGGAAUCAGCAUAGGCGAGAAUCUUCACGCUCUUGUCUGCUGGUCUCCUGAAGGUCAACGCUCUUAUCGCUGUCUCCCUCAGGUACCGGAUGAUGUGUUUGAUAGCCUCCCAAUGGCGCUUGCCAGCACAGUUGCAGUACAUGGCGCAUUCCUUGACUGCGUAGGCGAUGUCGGGUCUGAGCGUCACUGCAGAAUACAGCAAGCUGCCGACAGCCUCGCGAUAUGGCACUUUGCUCAU